AUGAGUUCCCAAGUCAGAAAGCUUCACUUUAUCUUGUUUCCUUUAAUGGCUCAAGGCCAUAUGAUUCCCAUGAUAGACUUGGCUAAAUUGUUGGCAGGUCACGGUGCUAUUAUCACUAUAAUAACCACACCUGUUAAUGCAGCCCGGUUGCAAACAGUUCUUGCUCACGCUGCACGAUUCAAGCUGCAGAUUCAGUUAUCUGAAGUCCAGUUUCCAUGUCAAGAAGCAGGACUACCAGAAGGUUGCGAGAGUUUCGACAUGCUUCCAUCAAUGGACUUAGCCUACAACUUCUUCAAAGCAAUUAGCAUGGUGCAAUUCCCAGUUGAAAUUUUGUUGGAAAAAUUAACAAUUAGGCCAAGUUGCAUUAUUUCUGACUUGUGUUUUCCGUGGACUAUCCACACUGCCGCCAAGUUCAAUGUUCCCAGGAUUGAUUUUCCUGUAUUUUCUUGCUUCUAUCUCUUGUGCAUGCGCAACUUGCGAAUAUCAAAGAUUCUUGAGAGUGUUAACUCUGAUUCAAAAUAUUUUUUGGUGCCCGAUUUGCCUGAUCAAAUAGCUAUUACAAAAGCUCAACUACCAGGAUCCAUGCCUCAAGAAAAUAGAAGUUUUGGUGAUGAAAUGAUAGCUGCAGAAAUGGCAUCGUAUGGGGUUAUUAUAAAUACAUUUGAAGAGUUAGAGUCAGCAUAUGUGAAAGAAUUCAAGAAAGCCAAAAGAGGAAAAGUCUGGUGCAUUGGCCCUGUUUCAUUAUGCAGCAAUGACAACAAAGAUAAGAAUGAGAGGGGUAACAAGGCGUCCAUUGAUGAAUUUGAAUGCCUAAAGUGGCUUGAUAUAUGCCAACCAAGCUCUGUACUAUAUGUUUGUCUAGGUAGCUUAUAUAAUCUAGCAUCUUCACAACUGAUAGAACUUGGUUUAGCCCUAGAAGCAUCAAAGAAACAAUUCAUCUGGGUUAUCAAGGGUGGAAAUAAAUCAACAGAAUUUGAAAACUGGUUAGAAAAAUUUGAGGAAAGGAUCAAAGGGAGAGGACUUUUGAUCAAGGGCUGGGCUCCCCAAGUACUGAUUUUGUCACACCCUGCAAUUGGAGGAUUCUUAACACAUUGUGGCUGGAAUUCAAUACAAGAAGGAAUAUCUGCCGGGGUGCCAAUGGUCACAUGGCCACUAUUCGGAGACCAGUUUUGUAAUGAAAAAUUAGUUGUGCAAGUGUUAAAGAUUGGAGUGAGUACUGGGGUGGAGUUUCCGGUGAAUUUUGGGCAGGAAGAGAAGGUUGGGGUGCUGCUAAAGAAGGAAGACAUUGAAAAGGCUAUAAGGAUACUCAUGGUUGAAGGAGAUGAGAGAAGAAUAAGAGUAAAAGAGUUUGCAGAGAUGGCAAAAAGAGCUAUAACAGAAGGGGGAUCUUCAUACCUCAAUGUCAAAAUGCUUUUCCAAGAUAUUAUGCAACAAGUUACAUCAACAUAAACAUACGAGAUUGAGAUGUGCCUUCAUUUACAUUAUGUGUCUUCUUCCAA